AUGCAGCCAAGGAAGUAUGGACUGGACAUGUUUAAGGUUUAUCAUGCUGGCGAAAAAAUCGUGUUUCCUGACGAUGGCAUGAUAUUCAACUGGUUGGAGAAAGGCGGUCUUAUUUUUUAUGAAGAUUACUUGUUUCUAAUGACUUUGUUGUCUAGUAAGUCCAUUAUAUUUUUUAUUUGUAGGUACCUCCUAUAGUUUGAUUACCCACAUGUUAAUAAUAAAAAAAAUUUUAGCAUCUCCAAAUGAGUUUCGACUAGCAUUUUCCGUGUUCGACGUUAAUGGUGACGGUUUGUUGGACAAAUCGGAGUUUGAGCGCGUUCAAGACCUGGUUUUGAAACAAUCGAGUGUUGGGCAAAAACAUCGAGACAACUUUACACAGGGCAUUUCUUUUAAAAAGUCUUCGUCGACUUGUUUGACUCGACACUUUUUCGGACAAAAACAUGAUCAAAAGCUGACCGUUGAAAGGUUCUUGCAAUUUCAGGUAAUGUUUUACGUUGUUAAACAAUAGACUUUUAUUCGUUUUUAGCAAGACUUACAUCGUGACAUCUUAAGAAUAGAAUUUGAGCGUCGGGAUCCGGAAUCAAUGCCAGUAGGUAUAAUUUCGGAGCGAGCAUUUGCCGAUCUUUUGCUGAUUCACGCUGGUUUACCUGAGAAACGCAAAACGAAGAUGAUGAACCGGGUAAGAAGAAAAUAUAAAAAGUCUGAAAAUACUCGUGGAGUUUCGUUUGAUGAAUGUUUGGAUUACUUUACGUUUAUCUACAACAUUGAUCGAGUUGAUGUUGCAUUGCAUUUUUACAAACUGGCCGGAAAACCGUUGGAUGAAAGUAUGUUGAAAAAUGUGGCAAAGAAGAUUGCUGGUGUUACUUUGUCUGACUAUUUGGUUGAUAUUAUUGUCACAAUGUUUGAUGAAAACGGGGUAAGAGAUAUCAUUUCCGGCAGUUACGUACUUGUUACAUUAUCAAAGAGAUAUUGUUUUUUGCUAUAAUUGAAGAUGCGAAUCCUCUAAAGAAUUAAAAUUUCGCGUUAUUUGCAUUUUCAUGUAAUUACGUUUUUAGGAUGGUUAUUUGUCACAGAACGAGUUCGUAGCUGUCAUGAAAAAGCGCAUGAAUCGAGGACUGCAGCAACCUAAGGACACGGGAGUGAUUCGUCUUUUUGAAAGUUUAAUGACUUGCUCUAAACAACGUCUGGCACAUCUUUUCCUGCCUGAUUAA